CAAUUUGUACUUGAACAAUAAAUCAACUUUGGGUUCAAAGUUUAUUUUUAAAUAAAUCAGAGUAAUCUGGUUUUUAUAAUUUAAUGCAUUGCAUUGAAUUAAAAUAAGUAGAAUAACUUUGGUAUACCCUUUAUUUUUUAUUGAGAAUAAUGGCUUUGUUCAAUAAAAUAAUUCCAAAACUGGCCAACUCUGCGAAAUGUAGAGGUAUCGCUUCCUUGGCUUCAUUGCCCGAAACCCAUCAAAUGCUUCAGAAGACAUGCAGAGACUUUGCAGAUGGAGAGUUAAAACCUAUAGCUGCAAAAACUGAUAGGGAACAUUUGUAUCCAAAAGAACAAAUAAAAAAAAUGGGGGAAUUGGGCUUGAUGGGGAUAUCUGUUCCUGAAUCCUUAGGCGGUACGGGACUUGAUUAUUUGGCUUAUGCGAUCGCUAUGGAGGAAAUUUCCAGGGGUUGCGCAAGUGCUGGUGUUAUAAUGUCCGUUAAUAACUCUUUAUAUUUAGGGCCUAUAGAGAAAUGGGGAAAUGAAGAACAAAAAGAAAAAUUCAUCAGGCCUUUCUUAACAGGGGAAAAAGUUGGCUGUUUUGCACUUUCUGAACCAGGAAAUGGUUCGGAUGCUGGUGCAGCCUCUACAAUUGCAAAAACAGAUGGAAGUAACUUUGUUUUAAACGGCACCAAGUGUUGGAUAACAAAUGGCUAUGAAAGUGAAGCAGUUAUUGUAUUUGCCACUACCGACAAAAGUUUGAAGCAUAAGGGAAUUUCUGCAUUUCUCCUACCCAAACCAAUCAAAGGCUUAGAUCUUGGUAAGAAGGAAGACAAGUUGGGGAUAAGAGGUUCUUCCACAUGUUCUCUGAUUUUUGAGGACUGUCAAGUACCUAAGGAAAACUUGUUAGGUAGUCUCGGGUUAGGAUUCAAGAUUGCAAUGAUGACUCUAGAUGCUGGCCGAAUAGGUAUAGCUUCCCAAGCAUUGGGGAUAGCUCAAGCGUCACUUGAAGUAGCUGCAGAAUAUGCUUCAAAGCGUCUUGCAUUUGGCAAACCCAUAUUGAAGCUGCAGACCAUUCAAAACAAACUUGCAGAAAUGGCUCUUCAGCUUGAAUCUGCCAGACUUUUAACAUGGAGAGCUGCUUGGUUGAAAGACAAUAAAAUGAAUUAUACAAAGGAAGCUGCCAUGGCCAAAUUGGCUGCUAGUGAAGCUGCUACAGCAUUGAGUCACCAAUGUAUACAAAUUUUGGGAGGAAUGGGGUAUGUAUCUGAUAUGCCUGCAGAAAGGUUCUAUAGGGAUGCAAGAAUUACUGAAAUAUACGAGGGAACUUCAGAAAUUCAAAAACUCGUUAUUUGUGGGAACCUUAUUAAGGAAUUGGCACUCUAGGAUUUGAAAUUGCUACAAAUAAAUAUAAUGAAUUGUUGUGCCACGGGUGAAGACAGUGUAUUUUUGUAUUGGAGAAGAUUUAUUUUAUAUGAAUAUAUAAUUUUUGAAAGACUGAUGUUAUAUAUAAAACCAAUCUUUUAUCUACAAUUUGUCAAAAUUAUAAUAUAAUUGCAACUACAA